ACAGCUCACUCUCACUGUGCCCUGAUCAUGCCCGUUCUCUGAGUGAUAUGUAGUGAAUUUGUGCACCACCGUGGAUACUACUUUAACAAUUGGCUUUAAUUUCCUGAUGUCUUUCAAUGGUUUCUUUUAAUGAUGGUGUGCAAAAGUGAUAUUGUAUCAUGUUUUAAAGAAUUGGAAAGCUAUGAGCGUAUACGAGUGAUGUGCAACCUCCUCAACUUAUGCCAUCCAUCAGAACUACGAUAUUUUGGCACAUGUCUGGAAUACUUGGGUAAAAGAGAUUUUCAUGAGUUCAGACAAUUGGAAAAUGUGGCGAACAGUCCUGCCGAGAUUAAUUCUUUAGAUUUGCAGUGCUUAAAUGACAAAACAGUUCGAAAAAAACUAGUUCUGUACCUAUCUCUCCUCCAUUCAAACAAUGAUACGUGCUCUAAUGGAUUAUUUAAAAUUUUAUCGAAUUGGAGUGAGGUAGACAAGUGCUUUAGAGCUCAUUCCAUCUCUGAGGAUGAGGAAACGUCUGAAGAGUUUCUUAUGCUGUAUGUCUUGGCAGCCAAUCAUCCUGCAUUUACUGUGGAACAGAAGUUAGUGUUGGAGAACAUUUUCUCAAAGCUACUGUCAGAGAAGCAAAGGUUUACAGAGAAACCUGGGCUCGAGUCGCCACCUGCUUAUCCUAUCCCUUAUCAUCAGCUACCCAAAGUGUCAACCCAGAUGAUUUACGCUGCUGAUCCGCAGGCAGAUUCUUACCCAUGGAUCCCUUCUACUAGUCAUUGCCCUUACCCCACACAUGCUGCAUCACGACCUGCAAAUGAGAGUCCUGAUGCACCUCCACCGAAUAGUUACUUAAGGUUAAAUAUGCUGUAUGGGCCCCCAGGGCCUUUAAUGCCACCACCAUGGCCUCCACAUUCGCUGAUCCUGCCUCCACCAGCCCCUGUUCCUCCUCCGGUGCCCCCUGUCACUCCCAAUGUGGACCCGCAGCCACGAGUAUCUCCAGCAUCACCCUCCUCUUCGUCCCCGUGCCAGUCCAACACUCCUUCUCGUCCUUCCUCACCACCUCGUGGGGUAAAUGUUCCUCCACCUCCCCCUCCUUCAUCCACUCCUACUCCAACACCAACCUCAGCCCCUCCGUUACCACCACCACCACAUUUCGCCCAUCCUUUAUCAGUGCCUGCAGUGCCCACACCUUCUCCUGCUCCUGUUCCUAUGCCUCCACAAAUUGAUCUUCUGCGAGAAUCAAUCCUCAAGGAGAUGCCUCAUUACAUGUCUAAUCUUCAAGGAUUCAAUAUUCAUCAGCUUCAAGGUAUGCGUGAUGAAGAAUUAGGUGAACUAGGACUCUCCCAAAACGCUAUGCAUCAAUUAAGAAGCAUCAUAAAUCGUUUGCAAAGUAUCAAUGGUGUAAAUAAUAUGAACCUAAGUUUCUUAUCAAAACAACCUCCUGCUCAUGUGUCAGGUCCCCCUAUUCCCCCUACUCCUGAUGUUGGAGGAGCAAAACCAGACAAUGGUGCGCAGUGUCACUCAUGUUUAACAAUUGGUACCCGCCAACAUGGUGACUGCUCCUUGUCCCCAGUCUAUUGCACAGAACAAAUGAGAGCUUUAUACAUAGAUAACGAAUCAAAUUUAAUUAGUUCUUCAGGGUCUGAUAAUAGUUCUCCUCCAAACACACCUGAAACAAAUGUUGCAGGUUCUGUAGUUGGGAAAGACACUACAAGCACAGAGUCAUGGAGUGGGAGUAGUAUAGAGGACAAUAAUAGAAAAGGUGCUGUUGACAUAAACAAUGGAGGGGAAGAAAGGAGGCCUAUCAAUCCGUCUCCCGUUCCAAUCAGCAGUAUUCCAGCAAGAGGCCGAGGAAUCACCAGGGGGACAGGGCGGUCAGGUCCAAUGCAACCGUUACCCAGGACGCGGUCUAUUAAUCCAAAUCUUAGGAAGCGUAGUGAUAAUGUAUUACCUGUGAAUGGUGGGGUUGCACCUGACGAAUCUCGCAAAAUGUUCCCGAGUGAGUCACAGUUUCCAUUCAGUGCUCCCAACCCAAACGGAUACAUGCAGGUCUUCCGUUCCUAUCCAACAUUGACCCCUGAUCAAAUGUUACGACAAGCAUAUACAUUUCAGCCCAACAGUGAGAUGCUCUACCAACACUAUCCGCCCCCAACCUUCAUUCCGGGGCCACUAGCGUUCCCCUCUAUGGUGCCACCAAAGGUAUCCUGUUACAACUGUGGUAGUCAAAGUCAUAAUGGUCCAGAGUGCCCUGAUCCAACAAUAGAAGAUGUUGCUAAGCAAGGUCAGUAUAGAAUAGAUUAUAGUCGUUUUGGUGAGUGCCCUCCUGCGUCUGACAAGUGACAGUGUCUUGCGUUUGUCGGCUAAACCAAAAGCUGUGUCUUGUGGUGUGGUAUCAGAAGAGGAAAAAUCAAAUAAAAUGGCAAGAAAACCUGCUUUUUCCAGUCCUAGCAGCCGUAGAGAGAGCAAAUGUAUGUUUUGUGCAGGUUUCUUCUUUGCAGACAGAAAUAAAAUAUUGAUUAAUAAAUUUUUCACGCGUGAGACUGAAUGCUUUUUGGACUUUUUUGCGUCAAUGCCCAUGACAAGUGAAAAUACAAAGAUCGUCCAGAACGAAAGUUUACCAACCGCAUACCUCCUAAACUACAACAAUUAGAAACAGUCCUAAAAAAUAAUCAUGAAACCACUAAUUUCAGUCUCUGUCUAUUCAGCUGUUUAUUGAGUGAAAGGACUUUAAAUUUCUUCAUGAAGAACUUUAGACAAGAAGUUUUUAUCUUAGGAUUGUGAGAACCUUCUGAAGGCUCAAACCGGGCAGCUGGUUUGAAUUCGAUUAGACAGUUUCAGUUCGGAAAUUCUGAACCUUUUAUAUGUAGUUUUUCAUAAUUUGGCAGGUUUUUGCAAGUACUAUAGACUUCAAGGGUUGCUUGUGAAUUCCAGCAAACUUCCAUAAUUUUGCAGGUGCUCAUAUCUGAUCAUGGUUUCUCGAGAGCGCUUGCAGUUUUCUGCAAAAUUUUUCUGCAACUGCAGUCUUGCAAAAUUUUUACAAUUUUUCAGGCACUUGUGAUUGUGGUCUUGCAGGGCUUUACUAGGUUUUUUGCUGACUCUCAUGGGCAGUCGGAGGUUUUUAAGAGUUUUUCGAGGACUUUUACCUAAUUCCUACUAUUUAUGAAUAGAACAGAAAAAAAAUGGAAUGGAACAGACCCCAGCCGAACAAUAUGUGUAGAAGUUUUGCUUUUCGUCAAGAUUUUUGUUUGAUCACGGUUUUUAGCCGUAUUCUCUUGGGUUCAAGGACAUAAACCAGCACAAUGCACAUGAGUAAAAAGUUCUAAGCGGAAAGGAAGUAUUGUACAUAAAAAAACUUAAUCCAAAAUUUUGACCGUGACUUCCCAUUUACAGUAAAGUCCAAAAUUUCACAGGAUGUCACCCGAACUGUAACUGCUAAUUUCUUCCUCACUUAAUUGCGGUUUAGAUCCAUCCGGUAUUAAAGUAAACAUGAUCUCCCUUGCAAAUUAUUUCAUAUCAAAUGUGUUCUGCUUUAGUUCACUUAAAAUCCUUGUAAGCUUUUAGAGCUCACAUAUUGAUGAUGCACUGUGAUAUUUUAGAUUUAUCGCAGUCAACAUCAUCAAUCCUGAAAUUUUUUAACUACAUAUGACUGGUGCUCUGCUAUAUUUUACAUGAAGUUAAUCUAUUAUUUAGUCAUUUACUGGCGAUGAGCUAUAGAUGUUGUAGCUUUCUGUGCUUACAGUGUGAACUUUUGGACCAGCACCAAGAGGAGAUAGGCCCCGAAAAACCCACUUGUUUGUCCAGUGUUUUGCAGGAUCGAAUUUAAGUUAUACAGCCCGUUGUGAAGUUUAGAGCACUAGCUUCAUGAUUAUUUUUAUCGAUUAUCUCCAGCAGUCUUGCAAUUACUGUAGGAGAUAUUGGGUAGGUAAACUUACUUUCUGGUCGACCUUUGUAGCUGUUUUUUCACUCUGAGACUAGCAAUUCACAACUCUAGAAUUCAGUGCUGCUCAAGUUGAUACAGUCUUUAUAAUGCAUUUGAAGAAAGCACUUUUAAUUUUGCCCUACUGUUUGUUAAAUCAAUUUUAAAGGAGUAUAUAGAAUAUGAAAAUUGUGAACAGGUUUUGUGAUUUUCCUCAUUUUUUAUUUUACAUUUGCAAUUGAAGGAUCUUUAUUCCACAACAAACAGAAGAACUUAAUUUAUUAAAAAUUUAAGAUUUGUCAUAUCUUGCCAAUCAUUCUGUCACAAUCUGUAUUCUAACAAAAAUAGCCUCAGAGUUCAGCAUGUCCAUAGGUAUUCUGAAUGAAUUUGAUUUGAGGCAAAGUUGGGGAAUGCGUGGAGCAAGUAUUCAAGGCCCAAUACCUAAUAAGUAUGAUGAAAUGUGAAGAAAUUACCUAAUCAACAUGCUCAAGCAGCGCGUGGGAUCAAAAAUGGGGGGGGGGAUUGAUGCCAUUAGUUUUUUUCCUUGCUUUUCUUACCCUCAUUUAAGUGCAAUGUCAAAUGAGAAUGGGUCAUUCUAUUUACAGUACGGUUAAAUGAUGUAGUCUAGCUGACUCAUUGUGUUCAUGAAUGGAUCUCAGGUAAUGGGAGAAAACAGUACUAGAAAAAAAUUCAAAAGAGAUUUGGCCGUAUCAAGCUAAAGACUACUUUUCUAUUAUCUUUGAGCUUUCUAUUAUAGGAAUCCAUGUUGUGCAUCGCAAUAUGUCCAUGAUUAUGAAUAGAAA